AUGAACUUGGAGGAGGUUCCCCUCUCGAAGAAAGUGAAGGCAAAGCUGAAGGAGUGCGGGAUCACCUCCUUGUUCCCCGUGCAGGUGAAGACCUUCCAGACACUGAUGGAUGGCAAGGACGUCGUGGUGCGAUCGAGAACAGGGUCAGGCAAGACCAUCGCGUUUGCUCUCCCCGUCAUCGAGAAGAUCCUUGCGAAUAAGACUCGCAAGCACGGAAGGCUGCCGUCCUGCCUCGUCAUUGCGCCAACCCGAGAGCUCGCCAUCCAGAUCGACCGCGAGUUCACCAGGAUCCAGCCCGAGGUGGCUUCAACGUGUGUGUACGGAGGGGUCUCCAUCGGCAUGCAAGUGAGCGCGCUGCGCAAGGGCGUCGAUGUGGUGGUGGGAACGCCAGGAAGGCUGAUCGAUCACCUGGUGAACGGAACGCUGGAUGUCAGCGCUGUGGAAACUUUCAUCUUGGACGAGGCCGAUGAGAUGUUGAAGAUGGGUUUCCAGGAUGAUGUGGAGAGGAUCAUAGAGUACCUUCCUCCAUCAAAGCAGACAAACCUCUGGUCUGCCACGAUGCCCACCUGGGUGAAAGAUCUCGCGCAGAAGUACUGCAAGGACGUCGUCUUCUUCGACAUGGUGGGCAAUGACAGCACCAGGACUUCCAUCACCAUCGAGCACAUCGCGAUUGCCUGCGGCUAUGACAGCCAUGCAAACGCGAUCUCAAGGGUCGUCAAGAAGUACGGAAAGGGAGGGAGAGUCCUGGUCUUCUGCAGGACGAAGCUGGAGGUUGAUCGCCUUGCCAAUCAUCCCAGCCUCAAGACAACGGCUCGAGUCAUCCACGGUGACGUCAGCCAGCUUCAACGCGAGAGAACCUUGCAGGAUUUUCGGUCCGGCAAGUUUUUGAUUCUCGUGGCUACCGAUGUUGCUGCCCGUGGCAUUGAUGUCCCCGAAGUCGAGCUUGUCAUUCAGACUUGCGUUCCGGAAGACUCCAACACCUUCGUGCAUCGUUCCGGUCGUACAGGACGUGCUGGCAGGAAGGGAGUCAGCGUUGUCUUCUACUCCGGCGGCGAGGAGAGAGACUUGCUGGAGAUCGAGGAAGAACUUGGGAUUCAGUUUCACCUCCCGGUAGGUACGAUGCCCUCGUCCUCCCCUGCUCACUGCACGCUCAGGGCUGCCCAAAGAGUGUUUCCAUCCCGGAUGCGGAGCUGA